AUAAACAGAUCGAGAUUUCGAUUUCGUAUUAAUAUAGCAAUUCAUUUUCACUUUGGUUUGUGAAUCAGAAUUCCAAAUUUCUUCUGAAUCUUGCUCAUCAAUCUUCAAGAGUUCUUCUCUCGUUUGUUUCUCGAGAAAAUUCUGGUGCUUUCUUCGCCGAGAAAAUCAAAUGAAAAACGAAAAAUUUCUGUGAGGAGUGAAGCGGAAAUUUGUUCAACAAGGAUAGGAGAUGAGAGGCGCGAGUGGCGGAGGAGACUCGAGAACCAUGAACAACGCCUUGGAAACUAUAAACGCCGCCGCCACUGCAAUCGCCAUGGCGGAGAAUCGUGUUCCUCAAGCCACGGUUCGGAAGAGAAGGUGGGGUGGCUGCUUGAGCAUAUAUUGGUGUUUUGGAACUCCAAAAAACAGAACGCGAAUUGGGCAUGGAGUUCUUGUACCAGAAACAGCACAACCUGGAAACAGCGCUCCAAGAGCCGAAAAUUCAACCCAAACGCAUGCAGUUAUACUUCCCUUCAUUGCUCCUCCCUCUUCACCUGCAUCUUUUCUCCAAUCGGAACCUCCUUCGGCCACACAAUCGCCAGCCGGUUUGCUUUCACUCACUUCUGUCUCUGCCAGUAUGUACUCCCCGGGCGGGCCUGCUUCAAUUUUUGCCAUUGGCCCUUAUGCCCACGAAACGCAAUUAGUGUCACCACCCGUCUUCUCAACCUUCACAACUGAACCGUCAACUGCUCCUUUCACCCCUCCCCCCGAGUCUGUGCAUUUGACGACACCUUCCUCACCCGAGGUUCCGUUUGCACAGUUGCUUGACCCAAAUAUCCACAACGGUGAACCUGGUCAGAGAUUCCCAAUAUUCCACAAUGAAUUCCAGUCUUACUAUUUCCAACCUGGAAGCCCUAUUGGCCAACUUAUAUCGCCAAGCUCGGGCAUCUCAGGUUCUGGUACAUCUUCUCCUUUUCCCGAUCCAGAGUUUGCUGCACGUGGUCCUCACUUCCUCGAGUUCCGGACAGGUGACCCUCCGAAGUUAUUGAACCUCGAUAAGCUCUCCAAAUUUGAUUGGGGCUCGCGACAAGGUUCUGGUUCUUUGACCCCAGAUUCAGUGAAGCCCAUAUCUACAUUUGAGGUUGCACCACACCUGAAACCCAAUGGCAGAUGCCGCAAUGCUGAAAAUGUUGCUGACCGGAGAGUCUCUUUUGACGUAAGCACAGAAGAUGUUAUAAGAUAUGUGGAAAAGAAGACCGUCCCAUUGGCUGAAGCUAUGUUAACAUCUUUAAAAGAUACUACAAUGGGUCAAAGAGAAGAGAAUUCGGAUUCCAACAAAGUGGAAGAAAUUGGUUGCGAGAAUAGAGUUGGUGAGACAUCCAAUGAAGAGCCAGACAAAGCUCCAACGAGCGGGGAGGAAGUACUGCAGCACCAGAAGCAUCGAUCCAUCACUCUCGGUUCUUCCAAAGAGUUCAAUUUUGACAAUGCCGACGCUGGCGAUCUACACAAGUCGGAUAGCGUCUCUGACUGGUGGGCCAAUCAGAAGGUUGCUGGGAAGGAGGGUGCACCUUCUCAAAAUUGGUCUUUUUUUCCCAUGAUUCAGCCUGGUGUCAGUUAACUUGUAUGGUUGGUUGCACUUGAACUUGAUGCUUCCCUCUCCGCGGAGCAGGAUGAUUUGGUUAUGCAAACCAACAAUGCCACAAUAGGCUCAGAUUUUAUAGACAAUUUUUUGGUUUCUAAAAUCAGAAAGUGAAUAACCCGUAGAAACUAGAAAGUAUCAGUGCAGGAAUUACAGGCUAUUUUUGUACAUUGUGACCUCAAGACAGGGGAAAGGAUUGUUCUAAGACUGGGGGUAGUGUAUAAUUUUUAUCUUAGGCGCAAGUAGAAAGCAGGUUAACGGUAACUUCUUGCUAUCUAUGAUUUUAUGCCCAUCUCUUUUUAACAGAACUAAACAAUUGUGUAAUACAAAUAAUGCUCUUAUCCAGUGGUUGUAUUUCUGUAUACAGGGAAAGAGGUAAAACAAAAGUGCAAAGCUUGUUGUUAAUCGCAUCUUUUUCAGUUUUUGGCUGCUAGAUAUUCCAACAUGAGAAGUUGAUGUAAAAUAUAGGGAUUAAUUGAAGUGACAUUCGUUUUUUAUAUACUAUUAUAAAUAUGGGUUUUGCCGAAAA